AUGGACGCACAAGCAUUUUUCCUCCCAGCAUCUGCUGGAAAUUCUUUGGGGCCGGUUGUCCCUGUGGUCAACACUUAUUGCAAAAAGCAUUGGGGAUCAAGCCCUCCCCGUGAUAAACUAUGCUUGGACUGCGCAGCAUUUGCUCUCUGUGCCCUGGAAGGCUGGCCUCCUGCGGAGGCAGUAGCCAAGGUACAGGAGAUGGCUGUGGGAGCCUCGCAGCCCCUGUUCAGGGGACCGAGCUCCGGGUUGACCAAUCAGCCCCUCCCAGGAAUGCCUUCCUGGGACAACGAGCAACUUCUCCCGGCUCUCAAUGGCCCCCAGAUCUCUCCUCAAAUGGGGGUCUGUGGGAGACAGCCUGUGCCGGAGAGUGGGUUUGUGGUUAAGACUCCGUCCCUAAGUAAUGGGAGUGAGUCUUCGCCUAAGACUCCACCUUCAAGCCGUGCCAGCUCUGAUGAACCAGAGCUUAAGAAAUGCUCGUGCUGCGGCAAGUGGUUAACCAAGCCACAUUUCCUGAAGGCGGGAGGGAAAUUGGCCGCCACAUGCGAGCAUUGCCGCUCGACCAGGCGGCCGUACUACAAGAAGAAGGUUGGCCUUGACACGCAGCGGUGCACGGCUUGUCAAAAAGAAUGUCCCAUCGAGGACUUUGACAAGACGGCCCGUGAGCGGCGCAAGUGCAUCCGCUGCCGUGAGCAGGGUCGUCUCGUGUCUCCUGCUCAGGACCUGAGCCCACGUGGCCCGAGCAAGGUCUCGCAGAUGCCGGAGGAACGGGGCAAGAAAAUAUGCUCCGGGUGCAAGAAGUCUCAGGAUAAGAAGGACUUCUUCAAUUACGAUUACGGGACUCCUCGUGAGCGCAGCACGUGCUUGUUCUGUCGUAAGCGGAAGCAAGCGGCAGACCGGAAGAAGAGGGAGAGACGUCAGGCACAGCAGUAG